AUGCCUACCUUGCCCACGGGCCAAAAGGACAAGGACCUGGGCUUUGCCCAGAGCCUACUCGAUUUCACCACCGACGGCCCUAGCCGGCUCCCUCAAGACCCAAUUGACUACACGCCUCCAGAAUGGAUUACAAAUCUCGUCACAGAGUUCGGAAUUCACAAGCCCGAAUACCCUUUCCUCCAGCUCAUGGAUGCCUACGGAACGAUGGUCCCCGAUCGUAUUCUCACCAAGGCUCACAGAGACUUGGAUGAGGAGGGUAUGUUGGAAGAGUAG